AUGUUUGAACAUCUGGUGGUAAUGCAAUGGAAGAUAAUUACCAUUUUCAUGCUGUUUCAUCCGUCAUUGUCAUUCUCGCCGAUUCGCAAUGGGUUAAAUGGCGCCUACUUUCGAGUGUCUGCCCACCAUUUUCCUCCCUACCAGGUUUUGACCCAUGGAGCCAAUGAGACCUUCCGUUACGUCGGAAGCACGCCUAACGUAAUCUACUGGAUGGCAGAGAAAUUUAAUUUUACGUACACUUUUUUCCCUGUAGACAGUGCUGAGAGUGCAAAAUUAGGUUCAGUACAAGCUGGCCUCAAUCAGCUCAUUAAAAAGGAAGUCGAUAUUUCAACCCUUUGCAUUGUUCCGACGUUGGAAAGAACGCAACACAUGGAAUUCUCGUAUCCCGUGGCUAUUGAAUCUUUCAAGCUUCUGGUUCCUAAACCUGGCGAGGAAAGCCGUCUUUUUGGCCCUGUGAGACCUUUUCAAUAUUCAACAUGGGGAUGUCUGCUUAUAAGCCUCAUUUCCGUCCUCGUGGUAUUCACGGUUUUUGCUUGGUACUAUUCAUGUUGGAAUUCUUUGCCAACCGAUCACGGUCACGGCGCUUGGGAAAUACUAAGUGCCAAACUUGGUAACUAUACCAUGUACAUCGCUUCUACUUGUACAAAUCAAGGUCAAGCCAUAAACGUCCCUCAGCAUUCUUUUCGCAUUCUAGCCGGAGUGUGGUUAUUGGCCGCUACGGUGCUAGUAAAUUGCUACUCCGGCACUCUUAUGUCUUCGUUGACUCUGACUAAAUUUAAGGCUACCAUAAAUUCUUUGGAAGAUUUGGCUGCCAGCAAAGAGUUGACAAUGACGGCCAGUGCCAAUUCUGUCAUGGCUGAAACUAUGCUAAACGCACACUCAAGUGCGUUAAAGGCCAUUGGAAACGCGAUGCGCCAAAAACCAGAUAGUAUUUUCCUGACUCCUGAAAAGGGCUUGCACAACAUAUUUUCUUUGAAAUAUGCUUUCCCGACGGUGGAAUCAUACACGUCUUACUUGAUCAACAUUGAUUUGAGGAGGAAAGGUGAAUGCCGAUUCCAUGUCACCGAUCGCGUCCCAAUCACGGAGUUAUACACUUUUGGCUUGCAGAAAGGCAACAAAUUCAAUCAGCUGUUCAGCGAGAAGUUGCAGUACCUAUGGGAAACAGGUUUAAUGAUCUACUGGUUAAAAAACAACCUCCAGUUAUCGGUCGACAAGUGCCUGGUCAAAAACAAAGAUUCUGCACGUCAGAGAGCCAUAAAGCUCGUUGAUUUGACAAGUGCUUUCUUCAUUCUGGGCAUUGGAAUUGGUUUCGCGUUGUCCAGUUUCGUCAUUGAAGUCGUUUACUUUCAUCUUCAACGAAGACAAUCCCUGAAAUUUCUCAAAUUUACCACAGGAAAAUUGCCUAAGUAAAACAUAACAUUAGUCAUAUAAAGGAAAUACCUGUCCUAGUGUACGUCAUUGGUUUGGGUCACCCACGGCCGAAUGUAGAACACACAUUAAUGUUGGUUUUCCUACUGCAUCGUUUUUUAGUUUUGGCAUGCAAGUCCUGCAAUACACAAAUGUUGGUGUCAAACAAUAGGAAUUAGCGUUAAAAUGGACCACUACUUUUUAA